GCGAAAUUUUGCUUUUGUCUGGUUUAUGUAAUUAUUUUGUGAUUGAAAAAGCAAGUAAUUGCAUGGUGAAUUAAAACUGAUAAACUUUCGUAUAAUUAAUAAAUAGUGCUAUAAUGAAUUUGUUCAUUUAAUUCCAAAACCAUGUGACUACGUGCAAUAAAUACCGACUUGCAAAAAUCAGCCUAUACGGAAGUUGAGGCAAAUGAAAACUCGUCUUGUUGAUGUGAGCAUUGCUCAAUCUCGGCAUAGAUGAGUAGUGUACAAAGUAACUUAUGGUAUCAUACGCAUUAAAAAAAUAAAAAAUUUAAAAAACAACUUGCAAUACUAAAAACAGACGUUCAUUUGAAAACCUGCCCUGCCAGUAAGUACAACCACUUCAAAUUGUAACAAUGGUCCAAUACAACGCCGCUCAGCGAAAAAAUGUACGCAUAUUGUUGGUUGGCGAUCCAGGUGUGGGUAAAACAUCACUCAUACUUUCGCUUGUUAGCGAAGAAUUUCCUGAGGAUGUACCACCAAAAGCUGAGGAGAUAACUAUACCCGCAAAUGUCACACCUGAACAGGUGCCAACAAAUAUUGUCGACUAUUCAAGUACCGAGCAAACGGACGAAACACUGAAUGAGGAGAUCGUCAAAGCACAUGUUGUUUGUAUUGUGUAUAGUGUGGAAGAUGAUGAAUCGCUUGAUCGCAUAACAUCGCACUGGCUGCCUUUAAUACGAAAUGCAAUUGGAGAGGAUGGACAACGCAAGCCUGUGGUGCUAGUGGGCAAUAAAGUAGAUCUAAUCGAGUACUCAACCAUUGAUAGUGUAUUGACAAUAAUGGAAGAUUUUCCCGAAGUAGAAAGCUGUGUGGAAUGUUCUGCUAAAACGCUCCACAACAUUUCCGAAAUGUUCUACUAUGCACAGAAGGCGGUUUUACAUCCAACAUCACCGCUUUAUAUAAUGGAAGAGCAAGAUCUCACGCCAGCUUGCAAGAAAUCACUUGUGCGCAUAUUCAAAAUAUGCGAUAUCGAUGGUGAUAAUCUGCUCAAUGAUUAUGAAUUGAACUUGUUUCAACGUCGUUGCUUCAACACACCGCUACAGCCACAGAUUCUCGACGAAGUCAAAGUGGUUAUACAAAAGAAUAUACCAGAUGGCAUCUUCCACGAUGCAGUUACACUCAAGGGCUUUCUCUUCCUGCACUGCUUGUUCAUACAGCGCGGCCGCAAUGAAACCACCUGGGCGGUAUUGCGUCGCUUCGGUUAUAAUGAACAGUUAGAAAUGUGUAAGGAUUAUUUGCGGCCAACAUUGAAAAUACCACCCGGUAGUAGCACUGAAUUAUCACAUCGUGGCCAACAGUUUCUUACAGCGUUAUUCGAACGUUACGAUAAAGACGGCGACGGCGCGCUAUCACCCGAAGAGCAUAAAAUGCUCUUCAGUACAUGUCCAUCAGCGCCUUGGUCCUAUUCGACAGAUAUACGUAAAUCAUGCCCCACCAACGAUCAGGGUUGGGUGACACUGCACGGCUGGAUGUGCCGUUGGACGCUAAUGACACUUAUCGAUGUCUUAAAGACACUCGAGUACUUGGCGUAUUUGGGCUUCAAUGUGCACGAGAACGAUAGUCAACUGGCAGCGAUACAUGUCACACGUGAACGACGCAUUGAUUUGGCCAAACGACAAAGUAGUCGCUCCGUGUAUAUGUGUCAUGUGAUUGGUCCAAAGGGCGCUGGUAAGACGGGGUUGUGUCGUGGGUUCUUAGUGGACGACAUGAAAAGUCUGAUUGGCAAAGAAUUCAAGACUAAUGUGGUGCAUUGCGUCAACACAGUGCAGGUUUAUGGCCAGGAAAAACAUCUUAUCUUACGCGAUAUAGAUGUAAAACACGCGUUAGACCCAUUGCAGCCACAAGAGGUUAAUUGCGAUGUCGCAUGCCUCGUUUAUGACUCAUCCAAUCCGCGUUCAUUCGAGUACAUUGCACGUAUUUACAUCAAAUAUUAUGCGGAGAGCAAAAUUCCUGUUAUGAUUGUGGGCACCAAAGGUGACUUAGAUGAGCGACGGCAAGAUUACUUACUGCAACCAUCGGAGUUUUGUACCAAAUACAAAUUACUGCCACCACACCUGUACAGCUUGAAGAGUAAUAAGAAAGAGGUUUACACAAAAUUGGCAACCAUGGCGGCAUUCCCUCGCUUUCAAGCCGCAUGGAUACUCUUUUACAAGCACAGGUUGGUACAGCUGUGGGAAUCAGCACAUCUACGUCAGUUUGGUUUGAUGACAGAGGAUCCGCAACUUUGGUGGAAAGCCGGUUUGGGUGUUGCCGCCGCCACAGUACUGGGUUUUGUUGUGCUCAAAGCACUGCAUAGCGCCGGCGCGCAUGUGCGUUACUAAUGUCAACUACUAUUGUAGCACACGAUAAUGGCAAUUUGGCUGGAGAAGGCGUAGUCACCAUACGGGCAUAUAAUGCAACAACACAUACACACAGAUAAGCUGUAUAAAAUCGCGCAUCCAUUUCCGAUUUUGGAACUUUUGUAAUAUUCAACUAUGAUAAGAUCCCACACAACACUCGCGUUCCACACUCCAUCCAUUUAGAAAAUUGUAUAAAGCUUGCUAAUUUGUUAAGUUUCUUUGGCAAACGCGCAGACAAAUUGAUUUGUGGAAAUUAGAAGCAGCUAAAUUGUUUGUGUGAAAAAAAUUUUAAACUUUUUGGAACCCAUUUGGAACAAAAUUUUUGUUUUAAUGUGAAAUAAGAAAUCACACCAAAAUUAAUUGCAACAAAAGAAAAUUGUAAGCACUUUAGUUUAAUGUUUAUUUAAAGAGAAUAUAAAUAAUUUAUAUAAAAGAGCCUACAUACAUACAUACAUACAUAUAUGUAUAACAUUUCAUAAAUAACAUGUUUCUGUUUGUAAAUACAUACUUACUAACCUUAACCUUAACCAAUUGAUUUAAUGCUAAUGCGCUGCGUUCGUUGAUAACGGCGUUUCGUUUAACGCUUAAAUCGCUAAUUUUACGCUGACACCAAUGCAUUACACACACACUUGUAAUAUUGUAUCUACAUAUAUAUACAUACUAUAAAUAGUAAUAAUAAAAUUAUUUUAAAUUUGAAGUUGAUGACGACGUGAAUCAUUUGAAAAUCAAUCGGAUAGCAAUACCAAUUAGCAUAUAGUAUAAACAAUAUAUAAUAUAUAUAUAUGUGCAUGCAUACCUAUGUAUGUUACAUAGUGUAAGCUAUAUUAAUCACAUGAAUGAAAAAUUAUUUUUGUAAAUCAUAAGCUAAGUAGUACAUACAUACAUACAUCUAAAGAAACCGUUUGGUUGUUGCGUGCUUUUGAAAAAGCGCCAAUUGAAUUGAAUUACGGUCAGUCGGAUACGUCAUAUGCGGGCAUUUGUGUUUUUUAAAUUAAGUACUCUUUAUGUUUUGUAUGUGUUUUUAUUUGUUUUUCAAUAAAAGAUUCACAUACACAAA